AUGGCCGACGACGGUUCCCCUGAAGAGCCGCCCAGUCCGCGGGGCUCCCCGGGCCGGGCGCCGCGGGUUCAGCGUGCGGUCGGGCCGGGCAGCAGCGGCAGCGGCAGCGGCUGCGGGGAGACCCCGCGGACGGCGGCGCUGGCGCUGCGCUUCGACAAGCCCAUCAAGCAGGCCUUCUACAACACCGGGGCCGUGCUGUUCGUGUGCCUGUGCUGCGGCGCCGCCGUACUCGUCUACUUUAUCCUGGAGGCUUUCCUGCGGCCGCUGCUGUGGGCCGUGCUGUGCGGCACCUUCCUGCACCCCUUCAAGAGCUCGCUGACGCGGCUGGGCCGCCACUGGCUGCAGCGCCUGCACCGCGCGCACACGCCCAUCGUGCUGGCCGCGCUGCUGCUGCCGAUCUGCUUCGCAGACUACGGCGUGGAGGCCCUGGGAGAGCAGGCGCUGCGCCGCCGCCGCCUGCUGCUGCUGCUCGGCGCCGGCGGCCCGCUUCUCUAUGGCCUCUACAGCCUGGGCAGCUACCUGGGCGUGCAGGUGCUGCUGGCGCACGCCGGCGCGUUCAUCUGCCGCGGGCUGGACUACUUCAGCAGCCUGUGGAUCUGGACCUUGGUAGUUGGCUAUGUGUUGACGGUUUCAUUCAAGUGGAAUGCAAGCACUGAACGCUACUUGAGAGCAGUGUCAAUUCCUGUCUGGAUUAUAUUGCUUUUUCAUUUAGCAUCCUUGGCUGGCUCAUGGAGAAUUCCAGUAUUCCUGGUUAUUGUUUUCCUGAUGUCUGUGGGCACCCUCUAUGAAAAACAGAAUGGAAAAGAGUCUUCUGGAGCGGAGUUACCAGGGCAAGUUAUCUCCAUGGCAGCUUCUACUCUAGCAACCUUGGCCAUCUCCAUCACAGGGUAUGAAUCGAGCACUGAGGACCAGCCCUCUACCCAGCCUGCAGGGACAGAAACCAUGGACAGAGGAGAACCCCCUCCAACACUGUCCUCAUCUGCUUCACCCUCCUCCCCUUCACCCACCUUGGGCAGACAAAGGCCUGAAGUUGGAACAUUUCUUAGAAAGAAGAAAACUAGCGAUAUCUACUUUGUGUCUCUCCUUUGGGCCAUUGUUGGAGUCCAGAUCUGGUUGAACCUGUGGAUUGUACAGUUGCUGCCAGUGCCUGUUGCAGUAUGGAUACUCAAAAAGCUCGUUAUUCACUUUGGCGUUGUGAACUUCCUGGAGAAGCGCUGCUUGGUGUGGUGGCAGGUUAUAGAGCACUUCCUGAAGGAGCGACAGGAAGCCCUGGCACCAUGGCCAAUUAUCGGGCUUGGAAAAUUCUUGUUGAAAGUUGAUAGCAAGCUCUGGCACUGGCUAAAUAAGAAGAUGAUCAUCUGGCUGGAGAAGAUGUUAGACAAAAUAAUUAGCAUUUUCAUCAUAUUUUUGUUAGUGAUAGGAACCCUUCUUUUAGCCCUACUCCUGACUGCAAAGGUACAUCAAGAGAGUGUACACAUGAUUGAAGUCACAAGCAAUUUGAUUAAUGAAACUCUAGCAAAUCACCCUGAGUGGGCAAAUUGGCUUCCUGAGGCUCAGGUAGUCCAAAGAGCCCUUAAUUCCGCGGCUAACAAUGUGUAUCAGUAUGGACGAGAAUGGAUAACCCACAAGCUUCAUAAAAUUCUUGGAGAUAAGGUGAACAAUACUGCUGUAAUUGAAAAGCAGGUGCUAGAACUUUGGGACAGACUGUAUCAUUCUUGGUUUGUAAAGAAUGUAACGCACUCUGGAAGGCUCAAAGGACACAAGAUGCACAUAAGUCGUCAGAAUAGCUGGCUGGGAGACAUUCUGGACUGGCAGGAUAUCGCUUCCUUUGUCCAUGAGAACAUUGAGACAUUUCUUUCGAUCUUAGAGUCCCUGUGGAUCGUGAUGAGCCGGAAUGUGAGCCUGCUCUUCACCACUGUCACCACGCUCCUGGCCAUCCUCUUCUACAGCGGGACUGCCCUCCUCAACUUUGUUCUGUCUCUGAUAAUUUUCCUGACCACACUAUUUUAUCUGUUAAGUUCCAGUGAUGAGUACUACAAGCCAGUGAAGUGGGUGAUAAGCCUGACACCACUAUCUCAGCCAGGUCCUUCUUCUAAUAUUAUUGGCCAGUCUGUGGAAGAAGCUAUCAGAGGGGUGUUUGAUGCUUCCCUCAAAAUGGCUGGCUUCUACGGACUAUACACCUGGCUGACUCAUACUAUAUUUGGCAUCAAUAUUGUCUUCAUACCAUCAGCUUUAGCAGCAAUCCUUGGAGCAGUGCCAUUUCUAGGCACAUAUUGGGCAGCAGUACCUGCAGUUCUAGACCUGUGGCUUACACAAGGCUUAGGAUGCAAAGCCAUCUUACUGUUGGUUUUUCAUCUCUUGCCAACAUACUUUGUAGAUACUGCCAUCUAUUCUGAUAUAUCAGGAGGUGGCCAUCCUUACUUGACAGGCUUGGCAGUGGCUGGUGGAGCGUACUACCUGGGCCUGGAAGGAGCAAUCAUUGGGCCCAUACUUCUCUGCAUACUUGUGGUCGCUUCCAAUAUCUAUAGUGCUAUGUUAAUGAGUCCCACGAAUUCAGUACCCACACCAAACCAGACCCCGUGGCCUGUUCAGACUCAGCGGACUUUCCGUGACAUUUCUGAAGAUCUGAAGCCUUCAGCAGACUGACUUGGUUUCUAAACCACAGUGAUUUCUCUAGGAACUUCAACCUUGACUGUGAGUUUAGCUCAGCUGUGGCCUCCUAUCCUUUCAGCUGUGCCUGGCAAACAGAGCCCAGGAAAAGAAGCAGAAGCCUCCUAGCCUUCCAUACAGAAUGCCCGGACAAGAGAGGACUUGCUGUGCUUUGCAUUUUAAAGCACAGCUUUGGAGCUCAGAAAUGUGGUUUACUCACUUAACUGUUGCUAAGAUGGCUUGAAAAGUUUCAGUUUAUAAACUGGUACCAUGGCUUGAAAUUUUCCCACUUUGGUUAUGUAUAUUACAAUAUGUAUUUAUAAAGUUUUUUAAAGAGUCCUAAACUACCUGCUGUAUACAGUGUAGUUUUCUCCUGUUUUAAGAAAUCUGUCUUUAAACUUUUCUGUGACAGUCACUUUUCCAUGAAGAGGGCUUUCACUUUUGAGAAUGUAGUUGCUUGAGCGGGAAAAAUGAGUCUUCUCCCUUCUUCCACAGUGUAUGGUCCUCUCUGUAAGGACGAGCAAAUCUUCAGUGUAAGGGCAGGUGGCUUAUUUGAAGUUCAGUUAGUUGUAUGUUACAACCACAGGAGAUCACAGAAAGACCGAAGCUCUUCCUCCCCUUCUCCCUCCAUCCGCUACUGCUCUAUUGCCAAAUUUUUUAAACUUGGCUGACCACAUUGAAAUUAAAUACUUAUUAAGCUGCUAUUAAUGGUAACAGUAUGAUAGAAUUCAUGUUGUAAUGUUUUUCUUUCCAAAUGUUUUAAGAAAAAAAUCUCGGGCUGCAGUGCUCCGAUCAUUAAAAGUAUCCCUGUUUCACUAUUUGGAAUUUGACCAAUUAGUUUUAUUAGCAGUAAAAUUUUAUAUCUGUGUAGUAUUUUCCCAUCACUUAGCACAGUGCCUUGCACAUAGACUCUUUUUUUUUGUUUUAUUUUUUUGGCGGUACGCGGGCCUCUCACUGCUGUGGCCUCUCCCGUUGCGGAGCACAGGCUCCGGACUCGCAGGCCCAGCGGCCAUGGCUCACAGGCCCAGCCGCUCCGCGGCAUGUGGGAUCUUCCCGGACCGGGGCACGAACCCAUGUCUCCUGCAUCAGCAGGCGGACUCUCAACCACUGCGCCACCAGGGAAGCCCGCACAUAGACUCUAGAUGAAUGCUUGUUGAAUUAAAUUAUGACUUUUAAAAUAUCUCAGAUAUCACAAUAACCAGCAUAGUGCUCUACAUUUGACAAAGUCUUUUUGCACGUAUUAUUUCACAAGCACUUCACAUCAGCUUUCAUAUAGCUUCACAUUAUUUUGCAACAGUUUCACACAGAUGGGGAAGGUAAGGUUCAAAAGUGACCAACUCAAAAGUCGUGAAGUUUAGUAAAAUUUGACCUCAGAUCUUUCUGACUCCACACUCUGCCAACUCUGCUAUAUUGUAGUGUUUCUUUUAAUAUCUUACACAAUUUUUCCAGUGCUCUGAGGUAGAAUAGGUGUCCUGUUCUAUCGCAUAGACUUGUCCUAGGGUUAAUGACAGGGCUGGGACUAGAACCCAGCUCUUAGCUUUGUGCCCUUUCCACUGUGUAAAACAAUCUUCAGGCUCUUUCUCUGCCCCCAAAGGAGUAUGGAGGAGAAAGAGUUCUUAAGUAACAAAGAUUUCAUUUUUGGAAAACAUUUAAAAGUAGAAAUCAUAUUUUUCUAAAACAUCUUCUCAUUAAGAAGCAUAGUUAAUGAUAAUUACUUUAAAUUUAUUCUGAUAUUACUUCAGAAAAACUCCAUCUAGGAAGGAGGCUACCUUGAGGUCUCUGUCUGUAGAGUAGACUGUACAGAUCUCAUAUAUUUCCUGUGAAUCCUUCAACAAUUACAAUCUGGUAUUCCACCAAGUGUUACAUUUGGCACUAAGUGGCACUAAGUAACUCAUUCUUUUCUUUAAUCACUUGUUCAUUCAUUCAUUCAGUAGAACAUUGGUUGAGAGUUUGCCAGACUCUAGGUUCUAUGCCAGGCACUGUACAGGGUGCUGUAGGGGAUAAUUCAUAAGAAGGCCUUCUCUCACCUUAAAUCUUAGCCAGAUCAUGUGUAUUGCUAAAAUUAAAAAUUUUGCUUUAAAAGUAUUAAGAAAGAAAUCAGGUUUGUUUUUGUUAACGGUAUACUGAUAAGUUUACAGCUGUGAUUAGCACGUAUUUAUGAGAGGCAAACACUAUGCACAGUAAGUUAGUGUGCAUAUACAAAUUAUGUUCUUCCAAAGUGCUUUUAGCUCUGUAAAGUGAUAUUGCAAAAAUAUAAAUUUGAGGUAAUAUAUGGCUCUUGCUGGUAUUGUGAAUACCAGGUCCUUAGAGGGGGACUCUGAGCCCUAAGAGAAUAGUUUAGAGCUGCCAAAAUUAGCAAUGAUGUAGUAUCACCCUGAAGUAUCAGGAGCAGAGGUGCCCCAGAGCACUCCCCAGUCCUGUCAGGAAACUUGAACUGCCCCAGUACUCCAGCAACAGCCUAAGGACUUGAAGUCCCUGCAGCUGGGGGAGGUGUUCCUGGAACCCUCAGAAACAGAGAGAACAUGCCCCCUCAGAUACAGUGAGGAGGUUUCACAGAUCUUCAUAAGGCAUUGAGAUCGAAUGAUAUGAAAAAGUAGGAGUUUCAAGCUCGAGUCUCAAAGGUGAUUCUCAGGAUUUGACCCAGAAAGAAGCUUCCUUAGGAACAGAUAAUGCAUUGAUGAAGUAGAAGUAGCUUCAGCAAAAACAUAGUACAGAAAUCCUAUCACAAUGUCCUGCAUUUUAUAGCUUUAUUAAAGAUGAGUUUGAAGGUCACAUUCACUACUGAAUUGUAAACUGAAUGGAGGGGAUAAGAUCUCCCCACACAGUAUGUUCCUCUCUUUUCUGAGAACGACGCGCGGGAUUUUCAGAUAAACUCCAUGUCAUGUAAGUCCAGCUUCAGUUCCAAAAUUCCUAUCACACUCUCUGUUUCUGGAAGUGAUCUCUGCCAGACUGCCUUAGAUACCAAUUUUAUUUAUUCUUAAGUUUGCAAGGAUUCUUAACAUGCAUUUCCAUUAGAGGUGGUUAGCUGGCAGAGUUUUCCCUUGACUUCUGAGACUGGUGCAAAUUGACUCUUGAUACCCAAGAAGUGUUAUUUAAACAAACUAAGUAGCUUUGGAAAUAGCCGUUUAUUCCAUUAAAGGGCUUGCACAUGAGAUCCUCUGGCCAACCUUGGUCUUAACAAGAAUCUAUUGUGACCCAUCAGGACUUGCUAGUACCCCUAGUUCCCACUUUGGUUGUAUUUAGAGCUUCAGGAUGUGUCACUACUGAGCAAGAAAUGCUCAGAAAUUCAGGCUAUGAGGGGUUAGAUUAGAGCAAAGUAAUUUUAGGUGAGUUAUCCAGAGCUUUCAACCUCAAGGUUUAUAGGAAAACCCCUACAGUCUCCUCUAAGGGUCUUCCAAGAUCCUUACAAAAGUAUUAGACUAGGCAUUUCACAGUAGAACUAUAGCCUCUGGCAACAUACUUCCAAAUGCUAGUUCCCGCCAAGAACAAGUAUUUCUUUGUUUUUUAUGUAUUUCUUGUCUUUACCCAUUUUGCCAUUAAAAUAUAUUCAUUUCAUUAACUUAUUGAGGAUCUGCAAAAAAUAUGAAUGCUAUGUGAAACCACUGAACAGUUAAUUUUUUUGGUAGUUCAAAAAUAAUCAAGAGAAUUACAAAUCAAGAUGUUCUGCCUGCAUCCUGGAGUCAUAGGAAUUCUAUGCCAGAUGAGCCUUAUCCAAUUAGGUGAUCCUGUCAUUUUCUAGAGAAGGAAACAAAUCCACAGGUUAAAGUGUCUUUUCUGACCAGUCAGUAACAAUUCAGAGCAGAGUAAGUUUUUUUCUCUCAGCCCAUUGUUCUACUUCUCUUCCCUUCCUCUUGUAGUUGAGUAGCUUUUGGAAAAAUGUGUUCCUUAUAGCAGUAGUUACAAGGGAUGUUAUUAGAUGUUACAAGAGAACAAAAGUGUAUGUGGGGUGGGGGGGGUGGGGACUCCAAGCUCAGUUAAAAUUGAGGAAUGCUGAGUUUGUUUCCUUUCUGUAGGACUUCGAAGAGUUUUUAAUGUGCUCUUAUAUAUUGUGAAUUUAUAAGGGGACAAAGACUGUUUACGAGACUUAUUUGACCUUAAACUGCGCCCCAUCCUCCUUUUCUCAGAGCAGCUCAGAGGACUCCGUGUCCUUUGGGAAACAUGGCUCUCAAAAGUUUACAGGUCUUUUAUUUUUUUUAUUUAUUUAUUUUUUUAUUUUAUUUUAUUUUUUGGCGGUACACGGGCCUCUCACUGUUGUGGCCUCUCCCGUUGCGGAGCACAGGCUCCGGACGCGCAGGCUCAACGGCCAUGGCUCACGGGCCCAGCCGCUCCGUGGCAUGUGGGAUCUUCCCGGACCGGGGCACGAACCCGUGUCCCCUGCAUCGGCAGGCAGACUCUCAACCACUGCGCCACCAGGGAAGCCCCUACAGGUCUUUUAGAAGACAUCCCUAAUGGAAUUCUGAAUGGUACAUCCACCAUGUAAACCGUAAUAUAUCUCAAAGUUUAGUGAGAUGCCAGAAAGAAAACGUAUUUGCCAUUCAGAGCUAUACAUCAAGUAUAGAGAUUCUUUUCUACCUAUGGUGUGUAGAAUCAGUAUUUGUGUUUUGGUUUUGAAAGUUUUUCAAAGAUCAAUUAGUGUGCAAAUACAGUGGUGAUAUAUUGAUAUUACAUUUUAAUAAUGCUUUUUUGUGUCGCACUUUAUAGUUUUCAGAAUGCUUUCAUAACAACCCUGUGAGACAGGCAGGUGUAAGUAUUAUCAGAUGAGGCACUGGAGGCUCAGAAAGGUUUUUGUGAUUUUCCCCUUAAGUUUAUACCACAAAAUGAUGGAGCCAGAAUUCAGUUGCAGAGCUUCUGACUCCAAGUCCAGAAUUCUUUACUCCACACCUGGUUUCUUACUUUUUCUUCUAGCUUCAUAUUUUACUAUGAAAGGUAUGGAAGCAGAUCUUAAACAUCAUUUUGGCUUCUUAUCAAAUACUAUUUUUUAUGGCAGUGACCCAGAAAGUGUAACUCCAAUUGUAGUUAUCCCAAAGAAAACCCUUCUUUGUGCUUUGCAGUGCCACUUGUCUAGGUGAUUGGAGUGUAUUUCAAAUACCAUUUGAUUUUGAAACCAAGAUUGGAUAUAUAGUUUUAAUUGCUUAUGUAACUUCUGGAAAAUGUAUCAUCUUUGCAUUCUCAGGCAAAGUAGAGAUGGUUUGAAGGUAAAAAAAGAUUAUUCAAAUACAACAAUACAUCUUUAUUCUCACAAACUCUGUUUCUUAGCUUUAACUUGCUUUGACAACCGACUGAUGUAACAUCUUUGUAAAUGUAAAAUAUUUAUAUUUUGAAAUAAAAUUACUGUGUUG